AUGGAUUCUCAAACAAUAAAUUCUGAUAAUCUCCUUAGCGCGCCUCAGACGCAUCGACUGACUAGCCCCACCACAAAUGAAGAUACCCCAUUGCCUUCAAUACCAAACUUUGAUCAAUUGCCAUCCAUUGGCACAGAGUACCAUAAAUCAUCAUCCAAACCCUUGUACGAAGGUGCAAAUGGUAUAAUCUAUAAGGGAUGCGACUCGGCACGCACCACCGCCAUCGUAAUCAAACAGAUCAAACAGAAACCACACCAUCCGUUCCAGCAGUAUUUGCAAUCUGUGGCGCGCGAAUACGAAAACAUGAAGAUGUGUAAUCAUAAGACCAUAAUGCCCAUUUUGGGACUUGCAAAAAUGGAUCACACUUCUUCACAUAAUACACAAUCCCCUUGCUCUACGACUUCAAGACCGUCAUCAUCAUCUUCGUCAAGACCAGAAUCAAGACUGGAAAAAAGAUCGGACUCAAGUCUAUCGUUGGUAGAUGGUGGAUCACAACAACCGCAAUCAUAUGAUCUCACCUUGAUCUUGCCAUAUUAUCCUCGUGGCGACUUGCUAGAUAUUCUCUCGCGUUCUAGGCGGUUCAAAGUUGAGAUUUCAACAAACAUCAAGGAUGCUUUGUUCAAACAGAUUGUCAAAGGAGUCGAUUAUCUCCACUCGAAAAACAUUGUGCAUCGUGAUUUAAAGCCGGAGAAUAUAUUGGUGAAUAAUGAAGGCGUGGUUAAGAUUUCAGAUUUUGGAUACAGCAUCGAUCUCAAUAAUCCAACAUUUAUCCAAUCGCAGUUUCAGCAAGAGCCCCAUGAUAUAAUCUCGGGAACAAACUCAUUUAAAGCCCCUGAGAUAUUUCAGCUCGAAUUAGACUUGGAGAGGUUGAGUGUUCCACAGUUUAGACAACACUCGCACGAUUUCCAGGACUACAAGUUUCUGGACUUGUGGGCAUUGGGCAUUUGCUACUUUGUCAUCUUUUUGAUGAAAUCACCAUGGUCAACAGCAAAUGCAGCAGACUUGAAGAACCACACAUAUGCAAAGUACGCCAAAAAUUAUCCACGCACAAAAGAACAAUGGAAAAACCUUUUAUCUGACUUGAACCAUAAUCGACUAGUCAAUGAUUCAUCGGCACUACAGUUGUUUAAAAGCUUGCAUUAUGACUCAAGAGAGUGUAUCUUGGGGAUAUUGAAUCCAAAAAAAGAAGAGCGAACAACAACCAAAGAAUUGUUGUUGGGUAGCUGGCUUGCUCAAGUGUACGGUGACCCGAAAGAUUUGAUCAAAUUGAUGAAAUAA